GCGCCCGGAAGCAGAGAGCAAAGCCAGGGAAUCAAUCAGCUAGCUACCAUGGGAAUGGCCUUUUCGCGCGUGUUCGAGCGUCUCUUCGGCAAGAAGGAGAUGCGCAUCCUUAUGGUCGGUCUCGAUGCCGCCGGUAAAACCACCAUUCUGUACAAGCUUAAACUAGGCGAGGUGGUUACUACGAUCCCUACCAUCGGAUUCAAUGUGGAGACGGUGGAGUACAAGAACAUUAGUUUCACGGUGUGGGAUGUGGGUGGUCAGGACAAGAUCCGCCCGCUGUGGCGUCACUACUACCAGAACACACAGGGUCUGAUCUUCGUGGUGGACUCGAACGAUCGCGACCGUGUGGAUGCGGCUCGUGACGAGCUGCACCGUAUGCUGAACGAGGACGAACUCCGGGACUCUGUACUGCUGGUUUUUGCCAACAAGCAGGAUCUGCCGAACGCUAUGAGCGCCGCGGAGAUGACGGACAAGCUGGGACUGCACGGCCUGCGCCACCGCCAAUGGUUCAUCCAGGCGUGUUGUGCGACGACGGGUGAUGGUCUGUACGAGGGUCUGGACUGGCUGUCAGCCACGCUUCAAAAGGCAAAGUAAACAGCACGUGCUUGACGUACCCGAUAGGAGGAGCGAUAUAGACGACUAUAUAUCAUGGGUAGUUGGCGCUGCUAUAAUUUUGCAUUGUCCGUGCUCUCGUGUUCAAAUGUAUUGUAAGUCUCUUCAUUUUCGAGGCCAGCAACAAU